AGCGACUCAACGUGUCGAAACGCUGUCCCGGGUUGAUCGUGCCCAAUCUUCAUCACCAUGCUGAUGUGGCAUGUUCUUGCUUUAGCCGCUCUAGCGCGUGCAGCUGGGCAAGGGUGGCCAAGCAAACAGGUGCCAGCUCUGACGAGUCUGAGCAAGCAAGCAAGUUCUCUCUGCUCGCCGUGCCCAGAAAGAAGAAUCAGCAGGAGAAGCAGGCGGGUUCAACUGCCUUCUGUACACGCAUCACCAGCAGCUGCUGCAUUGUAGCCCAGGGCCGGGCUGCAGAACGAGCUGAGGAUUUCAAGCUUUCCACAUUGCAUGACUGUUGGGCUUGUGCAAAGGAGACAGCACACAGGUCCGUGCAGUUUUGAUCCUGGGCACCUUUUGUCCCCUGAAAGAAGCACAAUCAACGUAGUUGCAUCUGGGCAAAGCCUGAUAGGCUUGGUUUGCCAGAGGAUUUAUUGACUCAAAAGAGUUAGAGGCCAGCGGACGAUGGCGCUGACCGCUGCAUUGCAGCCCUCCACUCUACCUCGGUGGUCGCGCUCCCAAUUGGACCAUUUGGAAGCGGACCGCAGCGGCUGCUAUUCCCAUGCCCGCCAUUCGUCCUUUUAUGGCACCCAGCUGGAGCGCGUUCAUCAGCGCAGCACCCAGCAGCCUGCCAGGCAAUGCCGUGGGGCGGUGAAAGCAGCGGCCUCGGGGGAGGGGAACAGCGCCCCAAAGAGCAAAAAGACAAGGAUACACAAGCUGGUGGAGGAGAAAGGGGUGCUGCUGAUGCCAGGCUGCUAUGAUGCCCUGUCCGCCAGGAUAUUGCAGAAGAGUGGCUUCAAUGCAGGGUUUAUCUCUGGGUACGCAAUGUCCGCUGCUUUUCUGGGCAAGCCAGACUUCGGACUCUUGACGCCUCCCGAGAUGGCGUCCAAUGCGCGCCACAUCUGCGCAGCAGCAACCGACAUUCCCAUCAUAGCCGAUGCGGACACUGGGGGAGGAAAUGCUCUCAAUGUACAGCGAACAGUGAAGGACCUCAUUGCGGCCGGGGCGGCUGGGUGCUUCCUUGAAGACCAGCAGUGGCCAAAGAAAUGCGGCCACAUGAGAGGAAAGCAGGUGAUCCCCAUGGAGGAGCAUGCCCAGAAGAUUGCAGCUGCACGGGACGCCAUUGGCGAUGCGGACUUCUUCCUGGUGGCCAGGACGGAUGCCCGGGCCACGUCGAAGAUGUACGGGUUGCAGGACGCCAUUGCGAGGGCCAACCUCUACAUGGAGGCGGGAGCGGACGCCAGUUUUGUGGAGGCGCCCCGUGACGAUGACGAGUUGCGGUUAAUCGGGCGGCAAACCCAGGGGCUGCGGGUUUGCAACAUGCUUGAGGGCGGGGUAACGCCGCUGCACCCGCCUGAGGAGCUUGCGGAGAUGGGCUUCCAGAUCAUCGUGCACCCUUUGACUGGGCUGUACGCUGCGAGUCGGGCAUUGUUGGACAUUUACGACGAGCUGCACCGUAGGGGGACAACCAAGUGGAGUCUUAGAAAGUUGGCUACUUUUGAAGAGUUCAAUCAGAUAGUAGACUUGGAAGAUCUGUUCCAAAAGGAGGCCAAGUACGGAUUUAAGGAGCCUACAGAGCCGUACUACAGCAACGUAGACAGCAAGGGCGUAUAAACCAUUCCAGAUUGAGACGGGGCGUUAUAGUAGCGCGUCUGUUUCAUGCUGCCUCAGUUUUGACCAGCUCCUUGGUGUGACCAAAGUAGCCACUUCAGUGUUGCGUCGGAUUCAAAAAGAAACCAUCAGCUAGCAAGUUUCAGCAUGAUUGCAGAUCCUUAUCGGCCGGCAGUGUGAUCGAACCGCACAAAUGUAAUCCAUUGACGUUGUCGAUUUCUUGCAGUGGAUCGAGAUCAGACACCGAGCAUAUACC